GAUUACAAAUUUUCAACAGGAUAAAUUCAAAUUUAAUUUUACAUUUUUUUUGAAAAAUAAUCACAAUUAUUUCGAAUAUCAUGUCGAAAAUAUCUGUGUAUUGUUUUAUUUGUUUAUUCUUUAUAUUCUCUAACAUUGGUUCAUCAUUAUUGAAUCCAUUUAACAGAGAUUUUCUUUUUCUACCUAAAUUUUCCAAACAUGGUCGUUUACAAAUGGAAAAUAGCCGACCACAUUUGACUCGUACGGUUAUUUAUAAUCGCGAUAAACUAGAUCCGGCCAAUCAAAACGUUUAUCAAGAUUCGGCUACAUUAAAAACUAAAAAUCAUUCGGGACAAUCUGGAGAAGAUGUAAUUGAAAGUGAUGAUUCAAAAUUUCCAAGUGAUUCAGCCAAUCAAUAUGUACCAGUAAAGGUGACAAAACAAGAAUCAAGAACAAAUCCAAGUACAUCGCCUGAUAGCUCAGUGCAAAGUAAUAAUUUCCAAAAUGACAAAAAACAUCCACGAAAUCAAUUUGUUGAUGCUGAUGAAUUUUUCAGGCCAAAACCGGAUGGCGAACGAAAUUCAAAAAAUCGUCAAAAUUCAGAUCCUUUCAUGCAAUUCGAGAAAGAAUUUGAAGACAUUUUUAAACUUGAUGAUUUUAAAGAUUUUUUUAAUACUCGAUUUAUAAUUUGAUUAAAGUUGUUAUUUUUCCAAA